CUUUAGUUAGGGUUUAUCGGCGGGAACAGGAGGUAUGGCGUGAGAGCGCUGCGCGUGGCGUCGCUAGCAUGGGCAAGAGCGAGAAAAAUGCGAGCCGGAGUGAGGUAAAUCUAGUGAAGGAGAAGAAGAUCAAGAAGAAGGUCUUGGAGGGAGGGAAAUUGUUAGUGGAGAAGAAGAAGAAGAUUUCGAGUGAGAAGAAGAAGAGGAGCCUAGAUCUGGUUCCAAUGCCGGAGCGAACUAGCGAGGAUGAGGAUGGAGAUCGUCUGAAGAAGAAGAAGAAGAUUAGCGAGAAGAAGCUAGGAAAGAAGAAGGAAAUUGUUGAGGAGGAUGACAGCGAUCUAGAAAUCACGCUCAAGAAGAAGAAGAAGAAGCGGAAGAAGAAGCUUGUCGAGGAAAUCGAGGAUGGAGAAAACGAGCAGAAGGUGGAAAAGACGCUGAAGAAGAAGAAGUUUGUCGAGGAAACUGAGGAUGGACAAAAAGAGCAGAAGGUAGUAAAAACGCUGAAGAAGAAGAAGGUUGUCGAGGAAAUCGAGGAUGGAGAAAACGAGCAGAAGGUGGAAAAGACGCUGAAGAAGAAGAAGUUUGUCGAGGAAACUGAGGAUGGACAAAAAGAGCAGAAGGUAGUAAAAACGCUGAAGAAGAAGAAGGUUGUCGAGGAAAUUGAGGGUGGACAACACGAGGAGAAGGUAGAAAAAGCACUGAAGAAGCAGAAGAAAAUGCUCGUUGAGGAUGGAAACCAACAGAAGCUAGAAAAGAAGCUGAAGAAAAAGAAAAAGGAGGUGGAACCCGUAGUCCCUGCGUCCUCCGGUGGUGCAGGUUCUGGGGAUGGCGAAGCUGGAAAAACACUUCAAGGAAUGGAGAAAUGGAUAGCAGAAUAUAAUGCACGUAGGCCAGGUAUUCAUGUGCUACAGGAGCAGCUCGACUCGUUCAUAGCUGACUACGAGGAACGCGAAGAGCAAGCACGUAAAGAACGACAAGUUGCUGCCAGUGGCGACGGCUGGACAGUCGUGACUCGCCAGAAAGGGAAAAGGAGGAGCGCAGACGCUACCUCUGGGAUUGCUGUCGGUGCUGUUCAUGCCGCUGUCGCGGCUAAUGCCGAGAAGAAGACGCAGGCGCUGAAUGAUUUCUACAAAUUCCAAAAGAGAGACACGCACCGAAACGAGGUGGCCCAACUUCAGCUUAAGUUCCAAGAAGAUAAGAAGAAAAUAGCGCAAUUGCGAGCUGCACGUAAGUUCAGGCCCUACUGAUCAGACGUUUUGGUUUGUUUUUAUCCCAGAUGAAUUGCGCAAAAGAAGAAUGGAUGGAUAUAUAUACAA